UUGCGGUUCUCAUUUUGUUGGAUUCCCAUGGAAGACGACGGAGAGUGGGUUCUAGUUCGUCGCACCACCGACAUAGAUUUGUGGAGGCCAAACCUGAACUUGGAGGAGAUGAGCAACGAUGAUCCUCUCAAGGUUCGUUUCUCUGAGCCCGCUAAGCAUUGGACUGAUGCUUGCCCCAUCGGAAACGGACGUCUUGGCGCAAUGGUCUGGGGUGGCGUCCCAUCCGAGUCAUUGCAGCUCAAUGAUGACACUCUCUGGACUGGGGUGCCUGGUAACUAUACGAACCCUGACGCUCCAAUAGCACUAUCGCAGGUCAGAGAACUAGUCGACAAAGGCCAAUACCCUGAAGCUACUGAAGCAGGAUUCAAGUUGUCUGACGCUCCGUCCGAUGUUUACCAGCCUCUAGGUGAUAUCAAGCUAGACUUUGAUGAUUCCCAUGUUGCAUAUGAUGUAGAGACAUACCAGAGAGAGCUCGAUUUGGAUACUGCAACGGUGAAGGUGAAGUAUGCUGUGGGGGAUGUGGAAUUCACAAGGGAACAUUAUGUUUCAUUUCCCCAUCAGGUGAUAGCGACAAAAAUUUCUGCAAGCAAGUCAGGGCAUCUGUCCUUUACAGUGUCUUUAGAUAGCAAAUUACAUCACAGUUCGCAUGUAAAUGGCAAGAAUCAGAUAAUCAUGGAAGGAAGUUGUCCUGGUAAAAGGAUGGCACCGAAAGAGCAAGCAAAUGACAAUCUAAAAGGAAUUCAGUUUUCUGCAGUUCUUGAUUUGCAGAUUAGUGAUGGUGUGGGAGUAAUACAGGUUGUGGAAGAUAGGAAAUUGAAGGUUGAAGGCUCAGAUUGGGCUAUUUUGCUUGUGGUGGCUUCAUCUUCAUUCGACGGGCCAUUCACCAAGCCUUCAGAAUCUAAAAAAGAUCCUAGUUUAGAGGCUCUCAAUACAUUGACUUCAAUUAAGAAUAUCUCGUACUCUGAACUUUAUGUGCAUCAUUUGGAUGAUUAUCAACAACUUUUUCACCGUGUCUCUCUGCAGCUUUCAAAAAGCUCCAAGAAUUUAAAAGGAGAUCAGUGUAAUGGGAUGAAGAAGCUUUGGUCUUCAAAUACUGAUUUUUAUGCCCGCAGAAUUGGCAAUGAUACAGUGUCAACUGCUGAAAGAGUGAAAUCCUUCAAAACAGAUGAGGAUCCUUCAUUAGUAGAGCUUCUAUUCCAGUAUGGUCGGUAUUUGCUUAUCUCUUCUUCAAGGCCUGGAACUCAGAUAUCAAACCUACAGGGGAUAUGGAACAAGGAUGUUGAGCCAGCUUGGGAUUGUGCUCCUCACUUGAAUAUCAAUCUUCAAAUGAAUUACUGGCCAUCUCUUAAUUGCAACCUAAGAGAAUGCCAAGAGCCCUUGUUUGAUUACAUUUCUUCACUGUCAAUCAAUGGGAGUAAAACAGCACGAAUCAACUAUGAAACAAGUGGUUGGGUCGUACAUCAAGUAUCAGAUAUAUGGGCAAAAACAUCACCAGAUCGUGGUGACCCUUUGUGGGCCCUGUGGCCAAUGGGUGGAGCAUGGCUUUGCACUCAUCUUUGGGAGCAUUAUACUUUCACUAUGGACAAAGCUUUCUUAGAAGACAAAGCAUAUCCCUUGCUGGAAGGGUGUGCAUCUUUUUUGUUGGAUUGGUUGAUUGAAGGACGUGGGGGAUAUCUGGAAACAAACCCAUCAACUUCUCCAGAGCAUAGAUUCAUUGCUCCUGAUGGUAAACUUGCAAGUGUGAGCUAUUCGUCAACUAUGGACAUGGCAAUCAUAAGGGAGAUUUUCUCUGCAGUUAUUUCUGCUGCCCAGGUUUUGGGGAGGAGUGAAGAUGAUUUGGUUGAAAGAAUUCAAACAGCACAGCCAAAGCUUUACCCAACAAAAAUCGCUAGAGAUGGUUCCAUCAUGGAAUGGGCAGAAGAUUUCCAGGAUCCAGAGGUGACUCAUCGGCAUCUCUCACAUCUUUUUGGCCUGUUUCCAGGCCACACAAUAACUAUUGAGAAAACUCCAGACCUAUGCAAAGCUGCUGACUACACUUUAUAUAAAAGAGGGGAGGAAGGCCCAGGAUGGUCAACUACGUGGAAGAUUGCUCUGUGGGCCCGCCUUCACAACAGUGAACAUGCGUAUCGGAUGGUCAAGCAUUUGUUUGACUUGGUGGACCCUGAUCAUGAAAGCAACUUUGAAGGGGGGCUUUAUAGUAACUUGUUCACUGCACACCCUCCAUUCCAAAUUGAUGCCAAUUUCGGAUUUACUGCAGCAAUAGCAGAAAUGCUUGUUCAGAGCAAUGAAAAGGAUUUGUACUUGCUUCCUGCUCUUCCAAGGGAUAAAUGGGCAAGUGGUUGUGUGAAAGGCUUGAAAGCCCGUGGUGGUGUUACAGUUAGUAUCUGCUGGAAAGAGGGAGAACUUCAUGAAGUGGGUAUUUGGUCAAAAGAUCUUAAUCCUGUUAAAAGGCUACACUAUAACAGAGCUGUUGUUGCUGCUAGAAUAUUGCCUGGCAAUGUCUACACAUUCAACAAAGGGCUAAAAUGUGUGAAGAUGUGUCCUCUCUCUGAAGCGGCUGUUAUUUAAGUACUACGAGGUUGAGUGAAUUGUGGGAAGGGCUUUUGUUUUUCAAUUCUUCUCCGUGAGGAUGCACUCUCAGGGGCAGGGUGUGCUUUAGUCCAUUGAAGUGCAGAGAGCAUUUUUUUAUAGUUUAGGCUUGUGACUUUGAGAUCAAAUGAACUUUCGGAAGAGCAUUUUUCACCCUUUCUGGUAAGAUUACCAAAGCCUUUUUAUGCCCUGA